AUGUCCUACGCUUCACCUUCCGCUUCCAACCCGUCUCUCGCUACGUCUGCCUACAUGGUAUCAUCGGCAGACAGAUACACCUCCGGCUCCGACGACGACGUUGCCUCUCUCCCAUCAGAGUCGACAGCCUCUUCAGAUCUAGACACGCUUUCGGACGGUUACUCGGACGCGGAGGAAGAAUGGCGGGAAAGCAUUGAGCAGCUAGAGCUCUUGUUGACGAUGGUCAUUAUGCCAGUCAUCGGGAAGUAUCUCGGACGGAGAUGCGCCUACUGGAGCUGGACUCGCUUCAUGGAAUGGAAAUACCCUGUCGAAGUCGUCGUGACCAACAAGGCUGCCUUCCGGGGCGCUGGUGUCGUUGAGGCUCUAUCUCCGUUAUGA